CCUGCAGACAAACAGCACUGUCGCCAUGAGCCAUACAGCUGAGGAGCUGUUAAUCAUUUAUGAGACGGAGGCAGAGCAGUGGGCAACCUACCUACAGUCAGUCUUCACUGGACCCAUCUCAAAGGAUGGGAUCUGCUGCUAUGACAUCGCUACAGUAUCCAGCAAGCGGGAUGACUUCCUGAGGCUGGCCGGGUAUGGCUGCAAACUCCUGAUCCUUACCAAAGGCAUGAUGGAGGGUCUAUGCCAGAUGCAACGCUUCUUCCUGGCCCGUGUGUUGAGUCCUUCAGCUCAUGUGGUGGUGCUGCUCUGUGGGGUUGAAAGUCUGACCCCACUGCUGGAGCUGGUGCCCCUGAAUGAAGACGAGUGUCUCCAGAUCUCCAGUGAACAAGAUGCCCAUGAGUACCUUUCAACUGUCACUGAUAUUGUGAGAAAAGGUGCUUCAGCCGCAGCAGCAAAUGUCAACCCCUUGACACGUAAAUCAUCAGGAUCAGAGCAAAAGCCGGAACAAAUGCAGUCAACUGGAGCCCACGGUGUCAAAUCCAGCAUUGUGGUUGUUCCUUCCAGAGUUCCAUGCGGGAGCUCUGAGGAGGUUUUCAUUCUUUUGAAAAAUUAUACUACUGGCAGCGAGUCUGAGGUUGAGUUCACUGGUGAGAACCAGAUGCUGAAAGUGAAGCCGGUCCGUUGGAAUGACCAGAUAUUGUGUGUCAAUGCACCAGAUUUUCCAGCUGGGAAUGUAAGCAUGACUGUGCUUAAUGAUGGAGUGCCUCUGGGCAAGGCACAGUUGCAGUACUACAGCAACAUGGAGGAGGUCACAUGCCUUCUGUCGAGGGUGGCAGACCCUGUAGACUUCAUGUGUCAGGCUUUUCAGGUGUCCUCUGUAGACAGUUUGGAUCAGAAAUUGUCCUCCCUGCUGGUGGAGGGUAUGCCCACCGGAGGCUUUCGGGGACUUCAGUGUGAAAACACACCUGAGAAAGAGCUCCACCAUGCAGAUGUACCAUCACUCCUCCACUUUGCUGCCCAGUAUGGAUUUAAAAGUGUCUCCAGUCUGCUCCUGCAGUGUCCUGGUGCUGAGCGAGCACUGCACACGGCCAAUCGCCACGGACAGACUCCCACUGAGAUUGCCAAGAGUCACGGCCAUACAGAGCUCCAUGUCUUACUGAAGGAAACACUGAAUAUGUUCAACUCAGACGAGGACAAUGGUGAUGCCAGUGUAUAUGAAAUGAUGUGCACCGCAGACGCACAGAAAGAGGAACAUGGGGAGGAGGAGGAGGAGGAGGAGGAUCCCUAUGCACCACUGGGGGUGAAUGACGAAUAUGACACCAUCCUGACCUCCAAAAAAGCAGUUGUUAUUGCCAAUCGCCCACCAGCACCCACACCUCGGCCUAAGACCAGCCAAACAAAGGAGGAUCGAACCCCUUACAUUGCCCAAGUGUUUCAGAAGAAGAAAACACAACAGGCUGAUGCUGAUUUGUAUUCACUUCCUACUAAACAAGCACGCCAGCGAGAAGACAGUAUCUCUUCUACCUAUGACACCUUUGUGCCCAACAAGAUAGACAGGCUUCAGCAGCUCAUCGAGCUCCAGCAGAGGGUGAAGGCAGGCACACUAACUGUGGAUGAGGCCCUGGAGCGCUUCAGUGACUGGCAGGGUGUUCAGAAGAGCAUGGACGCCACCCAACAGGAGAAGUUGAGUCAGCUGAGAGCCAGUAUCAUCAACAACAGAGAGGAUGAUGACAGUGUCUACGAUAAAAUCAACAUCGUUCAUCACACGCCAAAUACUACGGUGAGUGAAAGUCGAAGAGGAAGCCAAAUGGUGGAGUCUGAUUUUUACAGCAAACCACUUAAAGGACAUCACUCGAAUUUCUUCUGGAAAGCUGACAAACGAUGAAGUGUACAAACAACUGGCUCCAUCAUUCAACAAAGACUCUGUUCCUCCACCAGUCACACUACAUUUAUUCU